AUGGAGAAGCUGACCAGUUGGGUCGGUUUGGGUUCUGAGGUGUUCCCAAACGAGCUCAUGCAUGCUGUUCGAACAAAGGAUGAAGGUGUCCUUGGCCGUGGUAAGAGUUCUUUGAUUCUGCAGAACUAUGUGGACUUCGUAUCAGCAAUCGGGUGUCGAAGCUACUGCUUGCUUCAUGGUGAUAGUGAUUCGUUUGAGGAUCUCAAGCGGGUUGCUUUGAAGUAUGACAGCGAGUUUGGCGAAGGUGUUGAUCUUACUGGAGAUCAAGGUUGGACUGAGCCAGAGUCUGAGGCUCAUGUGAGCUCGGUGAUGCGGCAACUCAACGAGAUCGUUGAUGAGGUUCGACGGGAUUGGAUUCCGCCGGCCCAGGAUGAGUUUGUUAUGACCCGAGAGGCAAGUGUCAAAGUUCGGAUGGCCGAAUUGGAGCAUAGGAUCGCGAGUGAUCUCGGUGAGAUGCUGGGGAAGGAUCUGCCAGGAUCGGUGAACUUACUGAGAGGACCUCAGGUGAAUGGAGUGAGUAGCCUGAACAACGAUCAAAUGGCCAACUGGUGGCUCAUUGAUUCUGGUGCUUCGGUGACAGUGAUUGCCAAGAAGUUUCUCGAUGACUUCACGGUGAUGUCGAGGAUGCCUUUGUGCCCAAGCGAGAGGUAUUCAGCGGCAAAUGAACGGGAUUCGUAUAUUGGAAUGGUCCCUGUGAUGGUGACUGGAGUUGUAGCUGACGUUGGUCACAACAUCUUGAGCACUGAGCACAUGGUUGCUACCGGCUGGGAAGUGAAGUUUUCGAAGGCGGAGAUUUCGCUUCGUCGGGUGAAAGGAGGAUUGGUUGGAUAUGGACAGUCCUGGGCCGGAUGCCCAUGGAUUUAUCUGCAAGGUGCAGACAUGUCAACCAAGAAAGUGACCUUUGGAAGGACACAUGUUAAGAUGGAUGUAGACCAAGAGGAUUCGUCAAGUCCCAUGGAAGUUGGGAACGUGUCGGCUAUGACGGUGAAGAUGAAAGAGGAACUCGAAGUUCAUCGGAUGCGAGGACAUAUCCCUUUCAUGCCUGGGUGUCCCCAUUGUCAAAAGACAAGAGGUGUGACGCAACAUCGGAGAGGCAAAGAUGUGGGUAAUCGCCCUGUGGAGCUGCAAGCAGACUUUUGUUACAUCAACUUGGUUACUGGUACCUUUGUCAAGGACCAGCCCAACGCACCCAACAUGAAGAUUUUGGUGAUGACUGAGAUGUCUACCAGAAUGGUUGGUUGUGCCCUUGUCGGGACAAGUGCGGAUCACACAUCGACUUGGAUUCGGUACUGGAUGAAUGCUUUUGGGUUGACUACUGCCGGAUCUGCGGUGUUACUUCGGACUGAUAGUGAAACAGCUGUCAGCGCGUUGAUUCGCCGGGCGAAUCUUGGGAUUCGGGUUGUGACUCAGAAAGCGCCACCGCAAGGACAUGAAUCUGUUGGUGGAGUUGAAAGAGCAGUUCGGACUUUGAAAGAGCUGUUCAGCACGAUCAGGCUUGACCUGAGAGCCCAAGGGUAUGAUCUGAAGCGCAGUCCACGUGCGUUUGAACUAGGUUUGGUCUACUGUGCUGCCAUGCACAAUCAUCAUUCGGCUGCGUUUGAUGGAAAGAAGUCUCCUCAGGAGUUGGUUUUGCAGAGACCACUGGCGGAGUGUGCAUCCACGUUGAUCGGGAUGACGGUACUUGCGGAAUUACCGGAUAGUAUGAAGAAGACUUCUUUGUCGAGAUUCGUGGAAGCAGCUUACUUGUAUCCAGAAGUUGGUGGCUUGACCCAUGUGGUGAGUUCUAUGGUGAAUGGGACACCACAUCACUAUCGGGCGAAGUCGAUAAAGCAUAUCACUCCUCUGAAGGUUGGAAUGGAGCAUUGUGGACAUUUGCUCAAGGCCUAUGAUCCUAGCGAUACAUUGGCACCUCCCAUCUUGAAAGAGUUGGAUGAUGGGAUACCUUCUGAAGUUGAGGGUGAAGUCGACAAAGCGUUUGAAGGAAAGGUGUCACAAGGACCUACCACAGACAUGAGUCAGGUAGGACCACCUGCGGCAUGGGUACGAGAGCAUGGAGGAACACCUGGAUGUCCAGCGUGUGGUGAGAAGCGUGGAAAAGCCAAUCACAAUGCUGCCUGCAAACGGCGGUAUGAUAAGUGGUUGAAGGACCAACGUGAGAGGUUGGUUGUUGAAGGGGAGCAAGAGACGGUUGGAGGUGAACCUGGAUCUAGUUCAGGAUCGACCGCGGCUCCGAAGGUUUCUUCAGAAGCGAGAAGCUCUGAGGAUGCGGGGGUGCCUCUUGCCAGUGCACCUUCGUUGAAGCGUCCAAAGACCAGUCAUGAGACUACCGGCCUGGAAGGCGAAGAGCCCUCAGCGGCGUCCAAACCAGAUGUGAUUGAUGUGGAGAUGUUUGAGGACCCAAGUAUUCCUUAUGAAAACAUUCCAGAUGAGGAGAUGCCUCCGGGAUACUUUGAAGAUGAACAGCCUAUGGAGAUUGACAAGGGAGUAGCUGAAGAGGCUGCGGCAAUGAACGUCGAGUCUGAAAGUUUUACCAGUGCUUGUGAAGAAGCAAGUGCGCCGAAGUUAGCCAAAGUGGUGAAUGCUGUUCUGAUUGAAAAGAACACGGUGUAUCCCGAGCAAGUCCAGAUGUGUGGAUCGAAAGUUUGGUUGGCCAAGAUGAAGAGUGCGUUGUCUGAGCUGGAUGGGUGUCCAUUGGACGUAUCGUCAGCUAUGGAGGGCACAUGCGUUUGCCAAGAAGCAUGGGAUAAGGAUCAUCCCUACACGAUGGGUCUGAGUGCGACCACGCCGUCGUUGGAAGCUUUGCGAACUCUCUUGGCCAUUGCUGCCAAAGAUUCGAUGGAUAUUGCUACCCUGGAUGUCUCGACUGCAUUCUUGCAUUCCCCCUUGCCGAAAGGCGAAAAAGCAGUGAUUAUGUUGCCGCGGGAUGUGAGUUCAAGAUCUGACUAUUACGCCCCGGUGUAUAUGAUCCUUGAUCAGGCGAUGAACGGAUUGAGAGUAGCCGCCAAGGCAUGGAACUUGAAGUUGGCGAAUUUGGGCACCGCAAGCGUCUCUGGGAAGGAGAUCAGUGCUGAACUUAGAGCGAUUUUAACCGCUGUUCAGGAAAGUGAAGGACUGGCAACGCUGAUUGGACAAUUGGCUGGGUCCAAAGUCGAGAUUAGGUUGCACACUGAUAGUUCGUCGGCACGGGCUGUGUUGCUGAAUCGGGGUUUGAGUCGACGAGUUCGACAUUUGGACAUUGCUGUAUGUUAUCUUCAAGAGAGGAUCCAAGAGGCACAAACCCUCAAGGUCCUUUGGUGUCCUACGUCAGCUAUGGUGGCUGAUAUCAUGACGAAGUGUUUGAGUUGGGAGAUUUUCUUGAGACACCAACAAGCUUUAGGGAUUUUUGAAGAUGAGAAUGUGCAGCAAGUUUGGAGGAUUUGCGGAAUUCGGUUCUCUCGCAGCGACUCUGGUUCAAGCGCCACGCAAGCUAGCCCAUCUGUGGAAGUCGUACCUUUGUUGAAGGACGACAUGACGGAUUCAAAGGCGGAUACCCAGAAGGGAUCCGUGGAGGCACCAUAUUGGUGCAAGCAAUGCAAAUGGCUGUUUAAGACAGACCAUUCCCAUGGACUGGGAUGGACGGAUGAGUACAAGCCCAGGUGUGAGAAGUGCCAGGGCGUGAUAAGUGUUUGGGGAUCCAAUGCCUCCCACGCCUUUCAUCUCCGAGAGGGAGAGAAAGAGAAGCGGUUUCCGAAAGGCGGCAAAGGGGAAGGCAAGUCAUCCCAGUGGGUGCAUGGCGAUGGUGGAAAAGGUGAUGGCACCAAUCUGGGUGAAAGCCCGAUGGUGAAAGUUACGCCAAAGCCUGAAGGGCCACCGAGUGUGGCAACUAUGUUUCCAGAGCUUAAUGGGAGUGAGGUGCCAGCAUGGUACACUGAGCUCUGGGGGAAGAUGGGCAUCCGAGGAGUCCCUCUUGAUCAGGUGGAUCUCCAACCUUUGUUGGAAUCCUUGCCGGCUGAGGAUCAGGAGUGGUAUAAGAAGAGCUUUGAGAAGCUCAGCCACCCGAACUUUGCUGUGUUUGAGCAUGGGGAUCCGAUGCCGGGUAAAGUGGUGACAGUCCUGGAUAUGAGAUCGCAGUCUGGUGGCAAGUCUGUCAUCUGGGAGACAACUGUGAAUGGAGGUUGCAUCUACGUUGAAAUGGGCCCGGGGUUGAGUGGUUUGGCAGUGCUCAUGUUUGUGCAGUACCUGAAGAGGAAGGGGUUCUUGGUGCUUAUCCUUUUGAGUGGGCAUCAGGACCCAGGGAUCUUGCGGAUGAUGGAUCUGCUUUACACACUUCCCAUCCUGGGAGUGGAGAGUUGCACAAAGGGUGAUCUGGAAACCACCUCCCAUCCUCCCUGGGUGUGCCGAUGGAAAGAGCAUGCUCAGAAUGGCAACGUGGUGUUCAAGGCGGUGUGCUGGAUGUCUGAUUUGACAUGCCAGACACUCAAGGCUUUCGACUCUAAGGUGAAGGACCUCGGGAAGCCGUUGCCUCUGUGGGCCUACUUUGCGUACACCAACAAUGAUGUGGUGAAGGAAAGUUUGAUUGUGGAAUGCGAUCACAUGGCUGUGCAGGUUCCCAAUGGGGUGCUUGAGAGCCUCCGUGAGCCUAUGAUCUGGCAGUGUGACUGCGCGUGGCAUAUGGCCACGGACUACACAAGCAGGUUCACUACGAACCUCCCGUGCAUCCUGUGGGAGCACAUCUGGAAGUUUUUGGGUGGGAACACUCAGAAGCUGAUGGAUGUUGAGCUCGGUUUGGAACAGGCUGUGUUAGCAGCCGUGGCUUCGCAUGACCUCGAGGUGGAAACUGAGAACAAGAGGAAGAGGCGUGCGGAGUUGGAUGCAGCUGAGGAGGAAGCGGCUAAGAAGGCCAAAACGGAGCAACCAGCUCCAAGCUCACCUGCACCUCCGGUGCUUGAUGGAGCUAUGAUUGCGCAGAUCGCUGCAAUGGUAACAGCGAGUCUGAGUGUUGGUGACUUGGAGAAGCUGCUGGAUGAGAAGAGACGGGCAUCUGCUUCUGGCAGUGCUCAGGGAUCUGAGCAUAGCGGUGCUCAGCAGGACCAGCAGAUGGGCCAACGGGUUGCUGAGUUGGAUCAGAUGAGGGAUGCGGCACAGGAGCGCCGAUCCCAGCUGGUUGAGAAAGCCUCUGAGAAAGCUGAUGAGGUGAAGGAUGCAGCUGAUCUGAAGUGA